AUGAAACUAUAUUGGAUAGUGUUGUUGGCGAUCUCAUUGUAUUCUACCGAUGCCUACAAAUUUCUUGUCUACUCUCCCAUAUAUGGUUAUUCACACACGAACUUUAUGGGUGCCCUUGCUGACACACUAACGGAGGCUGGCCAUGAUGUGACUGUUCUAAUGCCGAUAAUGGAUGAAGACCAGCAGAACAAAACUGGACUGAAGUCAACGAAGAAAGUCAUCAAAAUCCCUCCGGAUCCGCGUAAUCACGAAAUGUCAAAAUAUAAGAACGACAUAUUGGGCAAGAUGUGGUCGAUGGAGCCAUCGGCCUAUGCACUUCUUCAG